AUGAUGGCGGAUUUCUUUUGGGAGUUCAAAGAUGGGGUGUUGGCAUCGUUGGAAGGAUUUCUAGUAUUGUACAAAUUGGAUGAGGACAACACAAAGCCACUAAGCACCACAAACACGGGUCAGAGGGCUUCUUCGGCCGAACCAAAUCCGAGAAUGACGAUUUUGGAAAGGAGAAGGAUGCAGGAGAAAGAAAAAACCGCCGACCGGAGGAAGAGUACCACUCCCCCUGUAAUUAGUAGGACCAAAACGCCGGCUUAUUAUCGAGUCUUACAGGUAAUUGGCCUUUUGUUUUUAUUAUCCAUGCUUUUAGUGUGUUGGAGUGAAUGUGGCAUCGAUUGCGUUGGUACAAUUGAUGGUCUGGAUCACGGAAACCCUUUUCCCAGACAAAUACAGUUGGAUUAACACUUUAUUUGCAUCAUUUCGGCUGGCCCUAGUGAUGCCCAUUUUCAUCGUAAUCAGAGUGCUCAGUACUUUAUGGUUUGCCGAUGUUGCAAAUGCCGCUUAUCGAUACAGGGGAUCUACAAUGUCCACGAGAUCACACACGGAGAUCAUCUUCUCGAAGACAGCUUCAGACUUCGUUCAUGCUUUGGUUGUGGAGCUCGUCUUUCUUCUUCAGGCCAUUCUAGUUCUGGGUCUUCCCGUCCCGAUAUUAAAUCAAGUUGGAGGAUUUGUUCUGAUGUCUCUACUGCAUUCACUCUACAGUUUCGAAUAUGUUUGGAUGAGUAGAGGGCUGUCGAACGUCAAACGAUUGGCAUUGGUGGAGCGUCGCUGGCCAUUUCAUCUGGGCUUCGGAUCUCUGAUGACCUGCCUGACCAUGUAUUCGGACAACUUUAUUAUCAACUCGUGCAUUUUCGGUGCCUUCUUCCCCUUUUUUAUUGUCAGUUCGUUCCUUACCUCCAUUCCUGAACAGAAAGACUCGCAGAUACCUCCGAUCCACUUCUUCCACAUCGCUCAAAUCAUCACAAACAAACUUUCUUUGGCCGUUUUCGGCCGAAUCCGACCGGUCUCCCAGUAA